CUCGACACUAACUCUGUUUACUUCUUCCCAAUACAAUUCCACCUGCGCGUCUCUCUCUAUCACCUGGAAUAUCCUUCCACUCCACCGAGAUGUGCCAUCAAACUCCCAUUGACAAGAUCGUGGUCCCGGCUAUGUAUGAUGGAGAGGGAAUUACCACCAUGCCUGUACCUGGACGCCGCUGCCCUGCUUGCUUGGAAAGAGGUGACACUGUUUGGGUGAUCCCAGGAAAGUGCUGUCCGGUGUGCGGCACUCCAGUCAGCUAG